AUGGAUCAUCAAGACCAAUGGUUAUUUGGAAGCCAAAACGGAGAAAGCAGCAGCUCUGCUGCUCGUCAAGGUAUUGCAGUUAUUUGCUGGAAUGUGUUAGUCAUUGUCGCGCUCCAAGUCUUAGUCUCUUUUGUAUGCAUAAAUACUGCUUAUACCAACUACGAGGCUGCCGAAAUAGGACAACAGCAAUUACUUCCUGAAACAUCUUCAGCUCUACAAAAGAGAAAGGCUCCGGAACGCCUGACAGGGCGGGCAGCUAAACAGACUGCUCAUAACCAGUCCAUGAUGACUGCAGCAGAUGUCGUUGCGCACCAGCAGCGGGAGCGAGACUAUGCUCUUGCAAACGCAUUGGCUGAAAGAGGAGCCGAACUACUGUUUGUGGCGGAUCGGCAAGAUAUUCUUGCUGUAUCGACGAGAAAACAUUACCAACGAUACCAGGCACAUUGGAUGGCUUGGUGUAGACGUAAGAGAUAUAACGACGACAUGAAAGUUACGCAUGGAAAGUUCCUAACCUACGUACAGGAGCUGGUAGCUGAUGAAAUAGUUCAACAUGAGGACGACUACCACAGCAUCAGGCCAAUACGUAUUAAUACGACGGCGGAUUAUGAGGGCGACCUCCCUUCACCUGAAACCAUUGAUACAUAUGUGAAGGCUGUUGUUGAUCUCUAUGAGCAACAAAAGUCCAUGGCUGGCCGCUCUAUCGCACAAGAGAAAACCUCUUUGCGCACCUGCGGUUUCUAUUACAACAAGGAAUUACCACGCGAAUAGGACUUCGGCAAGGGUGUGCUUCGGUC